UUGUUGAUUCAGGCACACCGCUGGCCAUUUUUGUACUCUCUAUUCUUCAAUCAGAACGGUUAGUUUUCCUCUCUUAAUUUCUUUGUAUCCAAUUCUAUUUCCCCCUCUCUUUUUUUUCAACAAAAAACCUAAGUUUUGUUUCAGUUAGCUCGAAGCCUGAACUUAUUUUUCUAUAUUUUUAUUUCUUUUUCAAGCUUGCCUUAAUUAUAGUGUAGUUGUUGUACCCGGAUUUCCUGUUAACAGAUCCAGAUUUGGAUUUGGAUUUCUUAAUCCCAAGAUUUGUUAGUUUAACAGAUCCAUUCCCGCGCCGAGCACGCACCUCAAGCGUAAUGGUAUUGCACUUUCGGCUUUGAAGAGCUGGGUUGGUGUACGAAUUUUUUGGGGGAUUUUUGUUUUUCUUCAAUUGUUCGACUUGGUUGAGAGGAAUUGAGGAUUGGUGACCGUAGGGUUGGGUUUGCUUGUGGAGAUUGAGGCUUGGUGUAAGGGAAUUGGUUUUGAGGGAUUUGAGAAAUGGGUUCAAGGAUUUGAGUUGUUGUUGAUCUGGGUAUUGAAUUGAAGGGAUUCGUGUGUUUUGAAACCAGGGUUUCUUUUUAUAGCCAUGUUUUAUGGUGCAGUGGUAUGGGAUCCUUGGUUUAUUGUUGCGCAAAUUGUUUGUCUUCAAUGCCUAUACUACCUCACUCUUGGAGUGUUCCUGUCCAUCCUUGUGGGGACUCGUAUUUCUUGGAUGAGCCUGGUGUAUUUCUUUGACUUUGCUACAGUGACUACAUCUACCAUAACUGGGUGGUGUGUCAUUGCUUCAGUUUUACUCAGUGCAAUUUCAGGUGCUGGGUAUAUGCUUUAUUUGAUUGAAAGAGCAAAGAAGUGCUUAGAUUUUUCAUUCACCCUCUACUUUAUCCACCUUUUUGUAUGUAUCAUGUAUGGAGGUUGGCCUUUGUCAAUGACAUGGUGGGUUGUCAAUGGUACUGGACUGGCAAUUAUGGCUUUGCUAGGUGAAUAUUUAUGCAUAAGACGUGAAUUGAAAGAUAUUCCAAUAACACGCUACAGAUCAAAUGUUUGAUUAUCAAAGUAUCAGUCAAGGAACUUUUCUGGUGGGAUUGUAAGUAUUGGGUCAUCAUUUCUUUGGAGGAGCUUUACCAAAUAUAGCUCAUUCAUUACCGAUCUUAUCUGCAAUAGGGAAGAAUUACCUUAACUAUAUUUUGGUGCUAGUGGAGCUGAUAGAGAACAACCUUAAAGUUAAGGAAUGUGCCUUAAUGAUGAAAUUUAGAGCACAUGAUACUAGGUGUGCAUUUGUGUUUGGAAACUCUUGAGUGUACAACUAUAGGUGUUUGAAGAAAAAUGAUACGAUGUUUUUUGUACCCCAUUUCAGUUUGAUUUACGUAAUUAGAUGAUCAUUCAUCAUCUUGAUUUGCUUGGAUUGGAUGAGCCUUUUAGGUCACAAUUCGAUUUGUUUGAAAUUUGGGUGUAAGCUCAAAAUUCAUGUAUUGCAGAACUUCCUGAAUUACUUUAUUUCCAGCGGAAGCUUGAGUUUUAGUUUCAAGCUCGGUUUCUGCAUGAUUCCUUGGCACCAUCUGACUGGUAU